AUGUUCGCUAAGGUCUUCUGCAUCUCUGCCGUUUUGGCUUUCGCCAACGCCGGACUUCUGGAUUAUCACCACGCUCCAGCUCAAAGCAGCGCCUACUCCACCGUACAUGUAUCUCAGCCAAUUGCUCACGCUGCUCCUCUUCUUCAUGCCGCCCCUGUACUCGCCCCAGCUCACCACGAAGUAGACUACUACGCUCACCCCAAAUACGAAUACAACUACGGAGUGCAAGACCCCCACACCGGCGACCACAAGACCCAACACGAAGUACGUGAUGGUGAUGUAGUGAAGGGCUCCUACACCGUAGCCGAACCCGAUGGUACCCUCCGCACUGUCCACUACACCGCCGAUGAUCACCACGGCUUCAACGCUGUCGUAGAAAAGACAGGACACGCCGUGCAUGCUGCUCCAGCCCAUUAUUAUCAUCAUUAACGUACCUGACUGCCCAAUUAUAUUUAUUGAUAUGAAUACUAUGUAUUACUUAAAUAAAGUUUUUUA